UCUGCACAUCAAUUGGACCUGUUAAUAAUUUUAUUAUGUUUAGAAAUAUUUUCCCAUCGGUAUCCAAAGUCCUUAAGGCUAGCGUAAGGCACUGCUGGGCUAACUGCACACCUGUGGAUUUGCCAUCAAAUACUCAGCUAUGUAUAUUGCCCAAUGGCGUGAGAGUGGCCACCGAGCAAACAAAUUCAUCGUUAGCUUCCAUCUCACUUUACAUCGAAGCCGGCCCAAGAUUUGAAACGGCCUGUAACAAUGGUAUUACUCACUUUAUAGAGCAUAUGGCAUACAAAGGGUUUAAUUCCAUGACAAAAUGUCAACUGCAGGAAUCACUUCUGUUAAUGGGCGCAAAGUUGGGUGCUCAUACUACUAGAGAAAUACAAAUAUUCUCUGCUAAGUGCCUUGUUGAGAAUGCCGGGGAUAUCAUACAUAUCUUGUCAAAUGUGAUCACCGAUUUAGCACUGUUAGAAGAGGAAAUAGAGGCUGAGAGGUACAAUAUUUGUUUAGAGAUGGUGGAUGCAGAUAACGAUCCGAAACAAGUCGUAUUUGAUUACUUACAUCAAACUGCUUUCCAAGGCACUCCCUUGUCGCAGCGCGUCAUCGGACCCACGAGGAACAUACAACGGUUUGACAGACAUUUCACUGCGACAUUCUUGAGCCAACAUUAUCAACCUUACAAGCUAGCUCUGGUGAGUUCAGGUUGUUUAGAUCACAGUCAGAUGGUCGAUUUUGCAUUAGCAAGAUUCGGACAUAUGGUUAGCCAUUCAGCUUACGAGUCAGAUGAGGGGCCUUGUCGUUUCACUGGCUCUCAAGUCAUUUAUCGGGAUGAUUCCAUGCCCUUUGCUCACGUCGCCAUAGCUGUGGAAGCUCCCGGGUACAACAGUCCUGAAUAUUUGACGCUGCUAGCGGCAAGUUAUGUCGUAGGAUCGUGGAACAAAGGUCAAGGAGGCGGCAUAAAUAACGCGUCGCCUUUGGCGCAAGCCGCAGCUACCGGUAAUCUCUGCGAAAGCUUUGAGUCAUUUUAUAUUGCUUACCGAGAUAUUGGUCUGUGGGGAUGUUACUUUGUAUGUGACCGAAUGAAACUGGAGGACAUGAUUUAUAACAUUCAGAACACUUGGAUGAACUUAUGUAUUUCAACUCAAUUUUUUGAUGCCAAAAGAGGAUCGAGGCUAGCGCAUUUGGAGAUAGCGAAAGCUGUAACGGGCAGUAUUAAUUCUUGUCAUGAUCUCGGUAUUCAGACAAUGUACCGGUGUGGUAGGAAGUCUAUACAAGAUAUUGCUUAUGAUUUAUCGACAAUAAACCAGCAGAAUGUAAAAGAAACUGUCGAAAGAUAUAUUUAUGAUAGAUGUCCCGCCGUUGUCGCAGUGGGGCCCACUGAGAAUCUACCAGACUAUACGAGAAUCAGGGCUGGUAUGUAUUGGCUUAGAUUAUAAUUUUGGAAUUAUUUUUGUAUUGAUUUCAAAAUAAAAGUUUUAAAAAACUUUGUAAGAUGGUAUUA